UUUCCAAGGCACGUUCGCGGCUGGCUCGAACCGCAGCUGCAUUUUCUUCUUCCGCUGUCACCGCGCACCCUCAAGAGCCGCCAAGCCCCGCUCUCGAGAUCUCUCUUUUGUGCUGUUCCCGUCGCCUCCCCAGUCCUGCAGAUCGCCAUGCUUGCCCGAACCUUCCGUAUUGCCUCGCGCCUGGCCGUCCGUGCCCCUGUGGCUCGUCUCAGCGUCGUCCGCGCUGCUAUCCCUGCCCGCCUCUUUUCCGUCUCGGCCCUCCGAUCCGGCAGCGGCAUCGUCGAUCGUGAUCUGUCCCAGAAGCUCAAGGAAGAGCUCAAGUUCGAGACUGAGAACACCGAGACUCUGCCUGACUGGCUGAAAGAGUUCCAGAACCGCGGCACCUUCAAGAUCGAAGACAAGCCCGGAGAUCGCGAGGUCACCCUCGUCCGCCACUUUGGCAACGAGAAGAUCUCGAUUGUUUUCUCGACCGAUGCCUUGACCGCCGACAACUUCAUCGACCAGGAACUUGAGGAGGAAUCUUCGGAGGAGCCCGGAUAUCCCGUUCAGCUCACCGUCUUGAUCGAGAAGAAGUCCGGAAACGAUGACCACGGCGCUCUCCAGCUUGCCGCCACCGUUCAGGACGGCGCCUUCUUCAUCGACAACAUCAGCUUCUUCGAGUCGUCGUCUCUUGCCGCUGAUACCUCGGCCGAGGCCGAUUGGCAGCGCCGUGGCAAGUACAGCGGUCCCGUCUUUGCUGAUCUUGACGAGACCCUCCAGGACACCUUCCUCAAGUUCCUUGAGGAGCGCGGAUUCGAUCCCGUCCUGGCCGAGUUCAUCCCCUCGUUUGUCGAGUACAAGGAGCAGAAGGAGUACAUCAACUGGCUCCACCAGAUCAGUGGCUUCGUUUCGGCCUAAGUUUCCUUUGUCCCCGCCAUAUUUUGAUUGAUGGACGGGCUGCUAGCCUGUGGCGCCCUCUACCUUCUUCUCUUCCCAUUGCAUUCACGCUGCCCAUUUGACCCGAAUGAGCCAACCUAAUACAUUUUCGAGAUUACCACCGGA